CUUCUCGAGGCUGGAAGCGCCUCGUGCACGCGCGCGCAACCUGUCCCGCACGUCCUCGGGAGGCGCGUGCGUGUGUGCUGCCGACCCCUUUCCCCAGUCCCCGGCCCGGGAGAGGCGCGUGCGCCUGGCUUGGAACGUUCCUGGGAAAAUUCCCGGGUCGCUUCUGCCCAUCAGGUGGGAGCUGGCUGCGAGGGCAGCCUUUCCCCGGGCCCGAUAGCCUCCGUGAGUUCUCUCCUCUCUUGAUCUCUCCGGUCCUUCCUUAGAGCGCUUGCGCCGGGCGGGCGGGAAAUUUCAAAUCGCUGCUUCUGGGAGUCGCGAGAAGCGAGUUAUUGAAUGGGGAGUGGACGCUAGAGGGAAGGUCAGACUGUCCGGCCUGCUAGCAGCUGCGGCGCAGAGCCCUUACUCCGAGUAUCUUUGCAUGCCGGCUUUAACUAAGGUCUCCAACAUGCCAGCCAAACGCUUGAACAAGAGAAAUUCUCCAACAGAAAAUGUCACAACUGAAAGCAAAAAAGUAAAAGUCUUCCACAGGUCUCACCGAACAGAAGCAGGCUUGGUGCUGACCCUGGGCCAGGGGGAUGUGGGUCAGCUGGGGCUUGGCGAAGAAGUGAUAGAGCGGAAGCGGCCUGCCCUGGUUCCCAUGCCUGAAGGCAUCGUGCAGGCUGAGGCUGGAGGGAUGCAUACCGUGUGUCUGGGCAAGAGUGGUCAAGUCUACACCUUUGGCUGCAACGAUGAGGGUGCCCUUGGGAGGGACACCAGUGUAGAAGGCUCAGAAACUGUCCCGGGGAGAGUGGAUCUUUCAGAGAAGGUGGUGCAGGUUUCAGCAGGAGACAGCCACACCGCAGCACUCACUGAGGAUGGUCGAGUUUUCCUCUGGGGCUCCUUCCGGGACAAUAAUGGAGUCAUUGGCCUCCUGGAGCCCAUGAAGAAAAGCAUGGUCCCUGUACAAGUCCAGCUUGAGGCGCCUGUGAUAAAGGUGGCAUCAGGCAAUGACCACCUGGUGAUGCUGACAGUAGAUGGCAACCUGUACACAUCAGGCUGUGGGGAGCAGGGCCAGCUGGGCCGGGUGCCUGAGUUCUUUGCCAACCGUGGGGGCCGGAAAGGACUUGAGAGACUGCUGAUCCCCCAGUGUGUGCUCCUGAAGUCUAAAGGCCAGCGGGGCUCUGUCCUCUUCCAGGAUGCCUUCUGUGGUGCCUAUUUCACCUUUGCUGUCAGCCGUGAGGGCCAUGUUUAUGGCUUUGGCCUCUCUAACUAUCAUCAGCUUGGUAUUCCAAGCACGGAACCUUGCUUUGCUCCCCAGAGUCUGACAUCAUUCAAGAAUUCCACCAAGUCCUGGGUUGGCUUCUCUGGAGGGCAGCAUCACACAGUUUGCCUGGACUCGGAAGGUAAAGUGUACAGCCUGGGCAGGGCCGAGUAUGGACGCCUGGGACUUGGGGUAGGAGUCGAGGAGAAGAGCAGUCCAACACUCAUUCAAAAGAUGCCUGUCAUCUCAUCAGUGGCCUGCGGUGCCUCGGUUGGCUAUGCCGUAGCCAAGGAUGGCCGGGCGUUUGCCUGGGGCAUGGGUACCAACUACCAGCUGGCCACAGGAGAGGAUGAGGAUGCUUGGAGCCCAGUGGUGAUGGCAGGCAAACAACUGGAGAAUCGUGUGGUUCUCUCAGUGUCCAGUGGGGGGCAGCACACAGUCUUACUGGUCAGAAACAAGGAGCAGAGUUGAUGAAACACUUAAUGAAACUGUCUGUUCUCCCUCCCCUCCUCUCCAUGGGAAAGAUAUAAUUCCUUCAGUUGUCAGCAGAAAACCUCCAUCUACAAACCUCUACUUGCCCCCUCCUAAGCUCUUGGCUCCUUUAGAGAAUCAUCUUGGAAACAUCUGGAUGAAGGGAUUGCAUUGAAAUAUGCAAGGGAUGAAUGAUUGAGUGGAUUUUUCCUACCCCAGAGCUGCUGCUCUGUUGUCUGUCUGAUCCUCAUCCACCUUCAAGCCCCCUCAUCCUCACCUCCCUCUGCCUCUUGGUUGAUGCUUAUUGGACAAAUGUGGUUGGAGCCUUCAUAGGUCCUGUCUCCCACAUUGCCUUUCCCCCUUUAAAGUCAUCUGAACAUUCACUGAACAACUGGCUUUGUUCCCCUACUCUUCAGUCCUCAGUAUCAAUAACUCUUAUCUCCCUGGCCCCUUCCCCAGCCAUGUGGUGCUGUAAGUUAAGGAUGAGGCAUACCCACUUCCCAGAAGGGAACUGGGUUGAUGCUGUUCCCCAGAACUUCAAACCAGGCCCCCUAGGAAGAGGCCUGGCCAGGGCGGGGAAGAAGCUACAGGGGUGGAAGGCUGGGCUCAGAAUGUAGACCUAGCCACUCCCCUCUGGCUCACAGCUUCCUCCAGGACAGUGAGUUUUCAGGCCACGGAGGCAAAGAUUGUAGGCCGACCCAGCUGACCAAGAAUUGAGCUGCAGUUCCCACAACCUAGCAUGGCCUAAGCAACUCUCCUCCACUGUCUGCCACAGACUAGUCUGACACCAUGCCCACUCACUGACACCUUGCAGCCAAAUUCUAAACACUGUGAAUGGCAAUCGUGUUUUUCUGGGACGGAGAAUUAACUUUUUUUAUAAACUAAUUUAUAAAAAUAUGAAAAUGUAAGGAGGUGGGGGUGGGGUUCCUUGAGUAAGGGAACAUUCAUUUGUACAAUAGCUCAGAAAAUAGUUUUGAUUUUUUUUAAGUGUUUAGAGUAUUUUGGUCAGGAAGAAUAAGAUCUUUUAAUUAACACUUUGAAUAAAUUUUGAGGGUUGGGUUUUGUUUUUUUAAGUAAUUGAUCUCUUCUUUGCUCCAUAUAGGGGUGAAGUUCUCAGUGGGAGCAGAGGGAAGGGAGGGUUCUAUGUCCCUAGGAAUCCUGGCAUAUAAGAGGAUCAAUUCUCUGAGCCCCUUGGCCUUGGAUGACCUUUGCAGACAAUCCUGGGAUUGUCAUUCCUUAAAAAAUACUCCAUGAAGUGAAUCCUAUCUAAGGGCCCCCAAUACCCAUUGCUGGUACUGCUAUGCCUGCCUGUCUCCACUCUUUGCUUAGGUGGGCACUACUGUGGGAAGCACUAAACUUAGGUCAGAAGAUCUAGAUAAAGAGUUUUGGCUCAGUUUUGAGUCAUUUUGCUUUUCUAGGCCUCAUUUUUCAUGGGACCUUGUCAUUUAGAACUGGAAGGCAUCUAUUCCCCUCAUUUCACAGAGUGGGGACUGAAUCCCAGAGAAAUCUGUUGCCUUACUAGUCAUUGGUAGAGCUGAGGUUUGAAUCCAGGUCCUGAAGUGUUUUUUCUCCUUAACUCUGCUUUCCCUACUCCCAACAUGGGGAUUAUCAUAUUUAUCCCAUCUACCUCCCAGGGAUGUUAAGAGGAUGAUUUAGAGAUCAUAAAGUACUGUAUCUGAUCCUUGCCAUUUUUAUUCUGAAAUAUUUGCCUAAGCAGGAGUGAGGUAAAUGCCACAAGCCAUGGAAGAGGUCAGCAUGUGGAGCUAGAAAGGACUUUAGAUGUCCUUAGAUCUAGUCUAAUCCUUAUUUUCCAGAGGAGAAAACUGUCCAGGCAGACUCUGGGUCCAGAGCCCAGGAGGGAAGUCCAGCUGAGACACUGCUUUUGUGUUGAAUACUUAAUCCAUGUGGACAGCCAAAAGAGGUCAGGGCCUUUGAGCUCAACUCGACUCUAGCAGAGUUGCUAGAACUUCAGGCCAGUUGAUGUAUCUCAAAGGCAGUAUGGCCCAUCUUUGAUCUGCUUAAGCUCUCCUCUCCCAUCACCAAUUUAUACUUGGGUCCCUCAUAAACCUUUGGGGACAUCCAAAGUAGCCUUUUCCCUGAAAAGCAGCCGGACACAUGGGAAGGAAAUGAUAAAUUUUCAUUAUCUCCCUGUUCCUAGAGGCCUCACUACAUGAAAACUUGGAUAAGAAGAGGUGAGAGAUCCAUUGUAAAAUAGAUGUAUUAUCAAGCUCCUUUUGGUCUGGCCUGAUGGGCUAGGAAUUAUCGGCCUUGAGUUUCUGGUCUUUGGUACUGGCUUGACAAAAGUAUCUUUGGACUCUCUAGCCUGGGGGAGGUUGGGAUAGGGAAUCUGGUGAAGUGGCUUCUAGGGAUGGCUUCAGGACUGAUCCUGAAAAGCAUAAAGGAAGGAAGCUGCAAGCCACCUAGUGGGGCAAGGUAAGUGAGCUAGAUUUGGAGUCAGCAGCUGGUUAAGCCUGGCUCUGCCUUUCAGUAACUUGCUCACCUUGGGCAGAUUGCUGAGAGUUGCCCUAGAUGGUUUUGAAGGUUCAAUCACUGUAGGUCUAUUACUUGAGCCCUUGUUUCUUCAUCUGUAAAUCUCAGAUAACCUUAUUCCUGGCCCCCUUCCAGGGUUGGAAGAUCCCUACAUCUGGGAAAGUGUUCUUUGCCUAAAAUAAUCUCAAGUAUAAAGUUGCUAACAGCCUACACAAAUUAACCGGUCAAACAAUGAGGAAUUAAACCCCCAACGAAACCAUGGAAUCCAAAUUAUUUUUUCAAAAAAUAAAUGUGACAAAAUGAUAAUGAA